ACAAUAAGUCUCCCACUAUGGGGCGGACGUGUACUGUCUUUGUCAUGCCUGAUGCCCCUCUCAAAUUCAGGCGAAUCGGACACUACCGUAUACUAAUCACUGAAGGUAAAAUAACGUAGGAAUCUGUAAUGUUUGAAUUUCGUCCCAUAUUACUUAGACAACCACUCUUACACAACAAGACCUUUUUGUUAUAACCUCAAUUUUUGUUUACGUAAAAAAAAUAAAAUCUGCGUAAAUGCGUUUUACAGUAUAUAAACAAUGGAAAAAGUUUUGUCAUUAAAUAUAAGACUGGCAGAAAAGUUACUACUUGAGAACCAUAUAAAACCAACAGACCUAAUAAAAACUGCACUGAACAAAGCCAAAACGUCCGCAACUAAAUAUAAUGCAUUUAUUACAUUAACUGAAAAUCAGGCAAAUGAACAGUCUGAAAAGUCAAUGGAACGUUUCCAAAACAAAAAACCUUUAUCAGAUUUGGAUGGUAUACCCAUUGCAGUUAAAGAUAACUUCUGCACAGCCAACAUUAGAACGACAUGCGCAUCGAAAAUGCUCGAGAACUUCGUCCCCACAUAUGAUGCCACUGUGUACCAAAGACUAAAGGAUGCUGGGGCGUGUUUGAUUGGCAAAACAAACCUAGAUCAAUUUGCGAUGGGUGCAGGAACGGUCGAUUCCAUUUACGGUCCCACCAAAAACGUUUGGGGCUACGAAUCCGAUUCCGAGUUCCGCAUUGCAGGAGGAAGCAGUGGCGGAAGUGCCGUAGCCGUUGCUACCGGCGUCUGCCUCGGUGCCAUCGGCUCAGAUACGGGCGGUUCGACCAGAAAUCCCGCAUCUUACUGCGGUUUGGUGGGUUUAAAACCGACAUACGGGCUUGUUUCGAGGCACGGUUUGAUUCCGUUGGUUAAUUCGAUGGAUGUGCCGGGAAUAUUGACCAGAAACGUUGAUGAUUGUGUGUCUAUUUUGAACGCAAUCGCCGGUUUUGAUCCUAAAGAUUCCACUUCCUUGACAAAACCUUUUAAACAAAUCAGGUUGCCUCCAGGUAACAAAUUGGGCAUUAAAGACUUGAAAAUAGGAAUUCCCGUCGAGUAUCAUAACGAACAUUUGUCGGACGAGGUCUACGACACUUGGAACGAAAUUGCCAAUUUAUUAGAGCAAAAUGGGGCUCAAGUUAAACAAGUGAGCUUACCAAACACGGAGCACAGUAUAGUUUGUUACUCGAUCCUGAAUCAGUGCGAGGUGGCGAGUAACAUGGCAAGAUAUGACGGUAUCGAAUUCGGCUUUAGGGCGGACGAACAUUCUUCAACCGAACAACUCUUUGCCACUAGCAGAUCGGUAGGUUUCAACGACGUGGUCAGGAAUAGAAUUUUUGCAGGAAAUUACUUUCUGUUAACAAGAAAUUAUGAGAAAUAUUUUAAUCAAGCCUUAAAAGUUAGGAGAUUGAUUUCCGAUGAUUUUGACAACGUUUGGGACGAAGUACAAGUGUUACUCACGCCCACAACCUUGACGACUGCUCCUGUUUAUAAAGACUUUGUACAAAAAACCAAUAGGGAUCAGUGUGCUCUUCAAGACUACUGCACUCAACCUGCUAACAUGGCUGGAAUUCCUGCAGUGAGCAUCCCCAUAAAAUUAUCAAAGGACGGACUGCCGAUAAGCCUACAAAUUAUGGGCCGGAAUUUAAGCGAACACGUGAUUUUAGGAUUGGCUAAGUUUAUAGAACAUGUUGUACAGUUUCCCCACAAAAUAGAAUAAAUUAUUUAUUAACCGAU